AUGAAAAAGUACCCUUCGGUGAUGAUGACUUAUAUUCAUCACCCAUUCAAAGAUGGUGUAACCAAUGAGAGUUCUAAGACGAUUGAUGCGGCGUAUAUUUCCUAUUCGAAGAUCAAAUGCCGGGCAGUAGGAUCUCAUCUCCGCGCAUACGUUAAAUAUGAAAAGGGAAUAAAUGGUAGUGCAAGCAAAUACCUUAGAACUCGGGCAGGUUUCGACCUGAAAGAUGAUUUUCAAAGCAACGAACAAGAUCAUACAAACGAUUCUGAGAAAGGGAAACAAAAAUCACCGGACAAGAUUCCGGAGAAUCCGUAUCUGUGUGUUCAGCUUUGGACAUUAUAUGAACGCAUAGAAAAGUGGACAUUUUUCGAUAUGCAGACGAUGCAAAGAGACGUUUCAAAACAAUUUAAAGAAGAUCCUGAAAAGUUCAAGCUGGGAUUCUGCAAGAUCAUUACAUGUGUAUUUAAGAUUGUUUGUUGGACAUUUCAGGGUGACAAAGAUUUGAACGAGCAUCAGGAAUGAUCGGGGGAUAUAUCUUAUCAGAAAGGGUCAGGACAUAUAACCUAUCAGGAAAGAUGGAGAGAUAUAUCCUAUCAAAAAGGAUCGUGAGAUAUAUCCCAUCAGAAAGGAGCCGCAAAGGUAUUACAUCAGAAAGAAUCGUCAGAGGUAUUCCAUCAGAAAGGACUGAGAGAGGUGUCACAUCAG